AUGGAUAUUUCUAAACCAGUUGGCUCACAGAUAACAUCUGUGGACUUUGGCAUAUUAUCAGCCGAUGAAAUAAGAAAAUUGUCGGCUAAACAGAUAGUCAAUCCAACAGUGUUUGAUAACUUGGGACACCCAAUUAGCGGUGGACUUUAUGAUUUGGCAUUAGGUGCUUUCCUUAGAAACUUAUGUUCAACAUGCGGGCUUGACGAGAAGUUUUGUCCUGGACAUCAGGGGCAUAUAGAGUUACCUAUUCCAGUCUACAAUCCACUAUUUUUUAAUCAACUUUAUAUCUAUUUACGCUCAGCAUGUCUUUAUUGUCAUCAUUUCAGGUACAACUCUUUAGAGGUCCAUCGUUAUACCUGUAAAUUAAAGUUGAUUCAGUAUGGUUUACUUUUGGAAGCUGCUGAAAUAGAUAACUUUUUAGUUAGAGGUUCUACUGAGAUGGCGGAAGACGAUGAGGACAAUAGCUCAAAUAAUGCAGAUCCCAGGGCAAAGAAGGAACUUAUUGAACGUCGUGAGAAAUUUGUUUCCCAGAAGAUAUCUGAUGCUAUAGAAGAAGGUAGAAGUAGCAUCCGAGGUGUAGUUACGUCAGCGGUUCAAUCAAAGAGAAAAGAAGUUAUACAAGAGCUUUACAAAAAGUUAUUGAGCAGACCUAAAUGUGAUAAUUGUGGAAUGUUUUCUCCAAAUUUCAGAAAGGAUGGAGUUUCAAAGAUCUUUGAAUCAGCAUUAAAAGACAAACAGAUUUCGAAUAAUAGAAUUAAAGGUUUUGUUCGUCCUGACAUGCUUAAGAACGGAGCCUCUAAUAAAAGCCAAGCAAACGAAAGUAUGCCAAACAUCAAACACAAAUCAGGUAUCAAAUACGUGUUGUCAAAUGAGGUGAGAAACAUUCUAAGGGCAGUUUUUAAGAAUGAACAACCUCUCAUGCAAAAGCUCUUCCAUUCUCGUCCAACAUCGAAGGAGGAAGUAGUUGCUGACGUCCUUUUCUUGCAAGCUUUAAUCGUUCCUCCUACAAGAUUUAGAUUGCCUUCUAGUGUAGGUGAUGAAAUUCACGAAAAUUCUCAGAAUGAAUUGUUAUCUAAUAUUUUGAGAACAUGUUUGCUAAUUAGGGACUUGAAUGAUCAGAUAUCAAACCUUGAGAAAGGAAAAUUGUCUGUUGAUGAAAGAAAAAUAAUCUUCAAUAGAUUAAUGAAUUCAUUCGUGACUAUUCAGAAUGAUGUAAAUGCAUUGAUAGAUUCUUCAAAAAAUCAAAAUGCUCCUGCUGGAAAAGUACCAAACCCAGGUAUUAAGCAAGCAUUGGAGAAGAAAGAGGGUUUAUUCAGAAAGCAUAUGAUGGGUAAAAGAGUCAACUACGCUGCUCGUUCUGUUAUUUCACCAGAUCCUAUGUUAGAAACAGACGAAAUAGGUGUUCCUCCUGUUUUCGCUAAAAAAUUGACAUAUCCAGAGCCCGUCACUUCUCACAAUGCAGCAGCAUUGAGAGCUGCUGUUAUCAAUGGUCCUGAAAAAUGGCCAGGUGCCAUCCAAGUUCAAAACGAAGAUGGUUCAUUGAUUUCCUUAAUUGGAAUGACUUUAGAGCAACGUAAGAGUGUUGCGAACCAAUUACUUACUCCCUCAAAUGGUGCUUCCGUAAUUAAUAAGAAGGUGUACAGGCAUAUCAAGAAUAACGAUUUCGUGAUAAUGAAUCGUCAACCUACUUUGCAUAAAGCGUCAAUGAUGGGUCAUAGAGUCAGAGUGUUGCCAGGAGAAAAGACAUUACGUUUACAUUAUGCUAACACAGGAGCUUAUAACGCAGAUUUCGAUGGUGAUGAAAUGAACAUGCAUUUUCCUCAAAACGAAAAUGCAAAAGCUGAAGCGAUGAACUUGGCAAACACUAAUUCUCAAUAUCUCACACCUACCUCCGGAUCACCUUUAAGAGGGUUGAUUCAGGAUCAUAUUUCUGCAGGAGUUUGGCUUACCAAUAAGGACUCUUUUUUCAACAGGGAAACUUAUCAACAACUUAUAUACGGCUGUAUUAGACCUGAAGAUGGGCAUAUAACAGGCACCAGAAUCAAGACUGUUCCUCCAACCAUCUUUAAACCAGAGCCUUUAUGGACAGGAAAGCAGGUUAUAACCACGGUUUUGUUGAAUAUUAAACCUAAAAAUGUACCAGGUGUUAACUUGGUGUCAAAAAACAAGAUCAAGAAUGAAUAUUGGGGCGCACAUUCCCAUGAAAAUGAGGUUAUAUUUAAGAAUGGUGAGCUCUUGUGUGGAAUAUUAGACAAAUCUCAAUAUGGAGCUUCUCAGUAUGGUAUUGUCCAUUCCUUACAUGAAAUAUACGGUCCUGAUGUUGCUGGAAGAUCUUUAUCUGUCUUGGGUAGAUUGUUUACCAAUUACAUAAUGAUGACUGCAUUCACUUGUGGUAUGGAUGACUUGAGGUUGACUGAAGAAGGAAACACUUGGAGAAAAGAUAUCUUGAAAAAAUCUGUUGAUGUCGGCAGAGAGGCGGCUGUAGAAGUUGUAAACUUAGAUAAGGAAACGUCUAAUAGCGACCCUGAAUUAAUAAGACGCUUAGAAGAAAUCCUUCGUGAUGAUAACAACUUGGGUAUUUUGGAUGCGGUAACACAAUCAAAGGUAAACUCCAUUACAUCUCAGGUCGUUGCUAAGUGUGUUCCAGAUGGGACUAUGAAGCAUUUCCCUUAUAAUUCAAUGCAAGCUAUGGCUUUAUCUGGAGCUAAAGGAUCAAAUGUCAAUGUUUCACAAAUUAUGUGUUUACUAGGACAGCAAGCAUUAGAAGGAAGAAGAGUACCAGUUAUGGUUUCUGGUAAGACCUUACCAUCAUUUAAACCAUUUGAAACAGAUUCCAGAGCAGGUGGAUAUAUUAAAGGAAGAUUCUAUUCCGGAAUUAGGCCGCAAGAAUAUUUCUUCCAUUGUAUGGCAGGUCGUGAAGGAUUAAUUGAUACAGCGGUGAAAACGUCUAGAUCAGGUUACUUGCAACGUUGUUUGACUAAGCAAUUAGAAGGUGUACAUGUUGGAUACGAUAAUUCUGUUAGAGAUGGUGAUGGUGCUUUAAUUCAAUUUUUGUAUGGUGGUGACUCAAUUGAUACUACUAAGCAAUCACACAUGAAUCAAUUUAAGUUUUGUGUUGAUAACUAUGACUCUUUGAUUGCAAAGUAUAAACCUUCUGAAUUAGUGGAUCAUCUUGAUACUGAAUCUGCAUUGCAGUACGCCAAAAAGGUCCGUAAAAGCUUACGGAAACAGAAGAGCUUACCCCCGUACGAGCAAUCUAUUAAAUACGAUCCAGUGCUCUGUGUUUAUAAUCCUGCUAAAUAUCUAGGUUCAGUGUCUGAGAGCUUCCAAGAUAAAUUGGAAAACUUUAUUGCUCAAAACGAAACUUUAUUUAAAUCUUCAAAGGAAGCUAAGAACCUGGGAGGUGUCACUGAGAAGAAGUUCCGUGCUUUGAUGCAAUUGAAAUAUAUGAAGUCUUUGAUCAGUCCUGGUGAGGCUGUUGGUAUAGUUGCAUCACAAUCGAUUGGUGAACCUUCAACACAAAUGACUUUGAAUACUUUCCACUUUGCUGGUCAUGGUGCUGCUAAUGUUACGUUAGGUAUCCCUCGUAUGAGAGAAAUCAUCAUGACCGCCUCAGCUAGCAUAAAGACCCCUCAGAUGACAUUGCCAAUUUUAAACGAUGUUAAUGACGACCAGGCCGACUUGUUCUCUAAAUCUGUUGCAAGGGUCAUUUUAUCUGAAUUUAUCGAUAAUAUUACAGUAACAGAGACUGUGAGUACAUCUGAUGAUAGUAUCAAUUCGAAAUCUUAUAAUGUUCAUAUGUCUUUCUAUUCCAAAGAGGAAUACGGUCAAGAGUAUGAUAUUUCUCAGAGUCAUUUGGAACAUGUUAUUACCAAUAGCUUCUUACAUGUAUUAGAAACACAAAUUUCUAAGGAACUCAAGAAGCAGAAGAAACCAGAUCAUAUGCCAAAAGUGGGACAGGCUGCACCUAAAGUUCAGGAAGAGGGUGCUACCACAUUUGAGGAUGAAAAUGAUGCAACCGACGAAAAGGAACAUAGCAAUGUAAAACAAGCCGUCUCAUAUGAUGGUCCAGAUGAUGAUGAAAUUGAAACUAUGAGGAAAGCAGAGGAAACAAGUGAUGAAGAAAUGGAAGAUGGAGAGUCGGUCAAUUCUUCCUCCUCUGAUGAAGGCGAGGAGAACGAAGAUGAAGACGUUAAUAUGGAACAGAAAACAACUCAAUUGUCUAAAGCUGCCAAGGACCGUCAAGCUGAAGUUAUUUCUUCUCAUAAUUUAAUUACUAAAUUCAAUUUUGAUGACGAAGGAGGUGAAUGGUGUGAAUUUCAAUUAGAAUUGGAUGGCUCUUCACAAAAAUUGUUGAUGGUCAACAUCAUAGAGGAAUUAUGUAGAAAGGUUGUUGUAAGAGAAAUUCCAAGAAUAGGAAGAUGUCUCCAUCCAGAACCAGGAGCAGAUGGAAAACGCAUAUUAACGACUGAAGGUGUCAACUUCCAAGCCAUGUGGGAGCAAGAUGACUUUAUCGAUGUUAAUGGAAUAACCUCAAAUGAUAUCUACGCUGUUUUGAAGACUUAUGGUGUUGAAGCCGCAAGAAACACGAUUGUCAAUGAGAUAAAUAAUGUUUUCGAUAGGUACGCAAUCAGUGUGUCCUCUCGUCACUUGGAUUUAAUUGCUGAUAUGAUGACAAGAGAUGGUACCUAUUUAGCAUUCAACAGACAAGGCAUUGACAAUUCCACCUCUUCAUUCAUGAAAAUGUCCUAUGAAACCACCUGUCAAUUCUUAACUAAAGCCGUUUUAGAUGGAGAUAAAGAAGAAAUAGAGUCUCCUUCCGCAAGCAUUGUCAUGGGUAAGCUAGCAAACAUUGGAACAGGUUCGUUUGAUAUCUUUGCAAAUUUGAACUAA